AUGAUGGUGCGGCAGUCGGAUGACGAGGAGACACCUUUUCUACAACGACAGGAGCAGCCGACGACUAGGACACCUCUGCCCUGGGACCAAUUAUGGAUUAUACUGUUGUCGCAGCUGUCAGACCCUCUUGCCUUUCAGACCCUUACCCCGUUUAUUCCCCAACUCAUUAGAGACAUUGGAGUGAUUCAUGGAGACGAAUCCAAGGUCGGUUACUAUGUCGGCAUCCUUCAAUCAUCAUACUAUGCAGUUCAUGCACUGACUAUUUUUCAUUGGGGCCAACUGUCUGACCACAUUGGGCGGAAGCCUGUAAUACUGACAUCUCUAUUAGCACUUUCUGUUUCGAUGUUUUCAUUUGGGCUGUCGAAGACCUUCCUUGGUCUGGUGGUUAGUCGUACUGUCUGCGGAGCAUUUGAUGCGAGCAGUAGUGUCAUCGAGAGCAUGGUGAUGGACAUCACUGACGCAACCAAUAUGCCCAAGGCAUACAGUUAUAUGCCAGUCCCGUGGAUGGUCGGAGCCGUAAUUGGACCACUCAUUGGGGGAUCGCUCUCCCGACCAGCAGACAGAUUUCCUGACAUCUUUGGGCGAUCAGAACUCCUUAAAACCUAUCCAUAUCUCCUGCCAUGCUCUAUACCGGCAAUUUUUGUAUCAGUAGUUUGGAUAGUCACGUAUUUCCGUCUUAAAGAGGUGAGUGUGAUUGUGGUAACAAGAGUGCCCCUACCAGGACACCACUUUGGGAGCUACAAUGUGCCAGUUAAUCCUGGAGAAGUUCAAUCAAAGCCGCUUCCGCUGCGCGCCUUGUUGACGCCGAGAGUUUCCGCCGUAACAGCAAGUAAUGCCACUAUGGGCCUGUUUCGCAUUGCGUUUAAUUCGGUCCUACCUAUUUUCUAUGCAACACCGAUCGAACGUGGCGGUCUUUCCCUUGACCCUCCUCGCAUCGGCGUUAUACUUGCGGCAUCAAGUGCCGCACAGGUCAUAUUCCAACUGGUUUUCUUCGCUCGUUUACAUGAUCACUUCGGUGCAGGAGCUAUCUAUAUAACUGGCAUUAGUUCCAGCAUACCCACCGUCAUUUUAUUUCCAGUGAUCAAUAUUCUGGCUCUGUGGCUGUGUGUUGCCAUCCAGCAUGCGCUGACGAUCAGCCUGAUCAUGUGCUACCCCUGCUUAGCAUUAUUCGUCAGAGCAUCUGCUCCCAAUCGUGCAUCGCUCGGAGCAACCAAUGGAAUCGUCCAGAUGUUUAACACAGGAGCAAGGAUCAUUGCCCCAGCGUCUGCGGCUUCUGUCUUCUCUUAUUCGAUGCAGGAAGGGCAUGAUGCGUGGUUGAUAUACUACUUCAUGAUGGCGAUUGCAUUUCUCGCAGUAGGUGCUUCUCAAUUGCUUCCCCGAAAUCCUAGUGUAUGGGAAGAUCACCAAUAG